AUGUCUGUCGAGAUCGAGCCCCAGGAGCUCGGCUUCCACCGCCCCUUCACCGUCGAAGCGCUGGAAAACCUCAAGAUUCGGAAUCCAGGCACCCAGCCAGUUGCUUUCAAGGUUAAAACCACUGCGCCGAAACAAUACUGCGUUAGACCCAACUCGGGCCGUGUCGAGCCAAAUAGGGAGGUUGAAGUACAAGUAAUUCUACAAGCCAUGAAACAAGAGCCGCCUGCUGGUACGAAAUGCAGAGACAAAUUCUUGGUGCAGUCGGUUGCCAUCACUCCCGAGAAGGAUUUCUCCAAUCUUGCGUCCAUCUGGGAUACCAUCGAUAAGUCUUUGGUGCAAGAGAAAAAGAUUCGUGUCUCUUUCCUCGAUCCUAAGAGUACACCUGCCACCGACGCUACUAUCACAACACCCCAUAAAAGUGCAGCUAUGAAUGGCGGCGAGGCAUCACCAGACGCUCCCCCUCCGGCCUAUUCAUCACCAAGCAACAUCGGUGUCGCACAGUCCGAACCUAAGUCAUCUAUUGAGGAAGAUUCUCAACCCGAAGUCCAAGCCAGCCUUGCAGCACCUGUGGCCGUUGCCACUACCAAGAACAGUGAGCCGACUUACGAAGAAGUAAAGGAGCAGCUGCUCCAAGCCGAGAAACUUGUCGCACAACUCGAGAAAGACGAUGGCGGGUUACGACAGCGGAAGACGGCUAGUUUAGCAGAUGAUAAGUCGAGCUCUAAGCCCGCCGAAAUCGCGCAAGCUGUACGGGGUACCGAAGGUGUACCGGUCCAAAUCACGGCUAUCCUCUGUUUGCUGAGUUUCUUGCUUGCGUACGUCUUUUUCUAG